GGGGCCGGGUCCCAGAAGGCGUCCCGGGGCUCGCGGGCUGGGCGUGGGGCGCGGCGCGAGCCGGGCUGCACUCGGGUGGAGUCUUCGCGGACAGGACCGAGCGGGGCGGGGUCCGCGGCCGCCCGAGCGGUUCCGGGUGCUCCCGCCGCGCGCAGCCCAGGGCGCACUUGACAGGGAUCGGUCUGAGGGGAAAGGCGGGUCUGGGGAGAACCCCCCAGCGCCGCCGUCCUCCAGCCCCUCCUCCUCGCGGCCGUCCGAGCCACCGCCGGAGCCGGCCCCACCUCGCCCCCGGCUCCCGCGCCCUCAGCCAUGGCUUUCGCCAAUUUCCGCCGCAUCCUGCGCCUGUCUACCUUCGAGAAGAGAAAGUCCCGCGAAUAUGAACACGUCCGCCGGGACCUGGAUCCCAAUGAAGUGUGGGAGAUCGUGGGCGAGCUGGGCGACGGCGCCUUCGGCAAGGUUUACAAGGCCAAGAACAAGGAGACAGGUGACUUGGCCGCUGCCAAAGUCAUUGAGACCAAGAGUGAAGAAGAGCUGGAGGACUACAUCGUGGAGAUCGAGAUUCUGGCCACCUGUGACCACCCGUACAUCGUGAAGCUCCUGGGAGCCUACUACUACGAUGGGAAGCUAUGGAUCAUGAUCGAGUUCUGUCCUGGAGGAGCUGUGGAUGCCAUCAUGCUGGAGCUGGACAGAGGCCUCACCGAGCCCCAGAUUCAGGUCGUUUGCCGGCAGAUGCUGGAAGCACUUCACUUCCUGCACGGCAAGAGGAUCAUCCACCGGGAUCUGAAGGCCGGCAACGUGCUCAUGACCCUUGAGGGAGACAUCCGGCUGGCUGACUUUGGAGUGUCUGCCAAGAAUCUGAAAACUCUGCAGAAACGAGAUUCCUUCAUCGGAACGCCUUAUUGGAUGGCCCCCGAGGUGGUGAUGUGUGAGACCAUGAAGGACACCCCGUAUGACUACAAAGCCGACAUCUGGUCCCUGGGCAUCACUCUGAUUGAGAUGGCCCAGAUCGAGCCCCCGCACCACGAGCUCAACCCCAUGCGGGUCCUGCUCAAAAUCGCCAAGUCGGAUCCCCCCACGCUGCUCACACCUUCUAAGUGGUCUGUGGAGUUCCGAGACUUCCUGAAGACAGCCCUGGAUAAGAACCCUGAGACCCGGCCCAGCGCCGCGCAGCUCCUGGAGCACCCUUUCGUCAGCAGCGUCACCAGUAACAAGGCUCUGCGGGAGCUGGUGGCCGAGGCCAAGGCCGAGGUGAUGGAGGAGAUUGAAGAUGGCCGAGAUGAGCGGGAAGAGGAGGACGCCGUGGAUGCCACCUCGCCUCUGGGGAACCACACACCCCACCCUUCUGAGGUGAGUCGGGUAAGCCUCGAUGCUGACAAGCUUCUCCAGGAAUCAUCUUCCACCCCACUGCCACCAGGCCAGCCUCAGGACAGUGUGAAUGGGCCCAGUGAGCCCUCUGGAAACAGAGGCCUCCAAACCACCAGCCCCCCUGAUGUGGCCCCCGGAAAUGAAAAUGGCCUAACCGUGCCCGUGCCCCUCCGGAAAUCCCGACCCGUGUCAAUGAAUGCCAGAAUUCCGGUAUCCGAGGAGAAGCAAGUCGUUGACCAGGGUGGGGACCUGAAUCCAGUAGUCAUCCGGUCCCAGAAGACAAGCCAGAGCCGUCCCAACAGCAGUGCCCUGGAGAGCCUGGGCAGCGAGAAGCUGGCCAAUGGCAGCCUGGAGCUCCCCGCCCCGCUGUCUCCACACCCUUCCAAGAGGAACUCGGACUGUGGCAGCCUUUCCACCUCCGAGAGCAUGGACUACGGCUCCUCCCUCUCCGCUGACCUGUCCCUGAACCGAGAGACGGGCUCUCUGUCCAUCAAGGACUCAAGGCUGUACAAUAAAACCCUCAAGAGGACACGCAAGUUUGUGGUGGACGGCGUAGAGGUGAGCAUCACCACGUCCAAGAUCAUCAGUGAAGAUGAGAAGAAGGAUGAGGAGAUGCGAUUUCUCAGGCGCCAGGAACUCCGAGAACUUCGGCUGCUCCAGAAGGAAGAGCAUCGGAACCAGAGCCAGCUGAGCAGCAAGCAUGAGCUGCAGCUGGAGCAGAUGCAGAAGCGUUUUGAACAAGAAAUCAACGCCAAGAAGAAGUUCUUUGACACUGAGCUGGAGAACCUGGAGCGCCAGCAAAAGCAACAGGUGGAGAAGAUGGAGCAAGACCACGCUGUGCGCCGCCGGGACGAGGCCAGGCGGAUUCGCCUGGAGCAGGAGCGGGACUACGCCAGGUUCCAGGAGCAGCUCAAACUCAUGAAGAAAGAGGUCAAAAACGAGGUGGAAAAGCUCCCCCGGCAGCAGCGGAAAGAGAGCUUGAAGCAGAAGAUGGAGGAGCACGCGCAGAAGAAGCAGUUUCUUGACCGGGACUUCCUAGCCAAACAGAAGGAGGACCUGGAGCUGGCGAUGAAGAGGAUCACGGCUGACAAUAGGAGGGAGAUCUGUGACAAGGAGCGCGCGUGCCUCACUAGGAAGCAGGAGCUCCUUCGAGACCGGGAGGCGGCGCUGUGGGAGAUGGAGGAGUAUCAGUUACAGGAGAGGCACCAGCUGGUGAAGCAGCAGCUCAAAGACCAGUACUUCCUCCAGCGGCACGAGCUGCUGCGCAAGCACGAGAAGGAGCGGGAGCAGAUGCAGCGGUACAACCAGCGCAUGAUAGAGCAGCUGAAGGCGCGGCAGCAGCAGGAGAAGGCGCGGCUACCGAAGAUCCAGAGGAGCGAGGGCAAGACGCGCAUGGCUAUGUAUAAGAAGAGCCUGCACAUCAGUGGGGCGGGCAGCGCGGCUGAGCAGCGCGAGAAGAUCAAGCAGUUCUCUCAGCAAGAGGAGAAGAGGCAGAAGUCGGAGCGGCUGCAGCAGCAGCAGAAACACGAGAACCAGAUGCGGGACAUGACGGCACAGUGCGAGAGCAACAUGAAUGAGCUGCAGCAGCUGCAGAAUGAGAAGUGUCACCUCCUGGUAGAGCAUGAAACCCAGAAGCUGAAGGCCCUGGAUGAGAGCCAUAACCAGAACCUGAAGGAAUGGCGGGAAAAGCUUCGGCCACGCAAAAAGGCUCUGGAAGAAGAUCUGAACCAGAAGAAGCGGGAGCAAGAGAUGUUCUUCAAACUGAACGAGGAGACAGAGUCCCCAAAUCCCACCACCCCAAACAAGGCCACCAAGUUCUUCCCCUACAGCUCUGCAGACACUUCCUAACAGCCAGCCAGGGUGGCGGGCCUCGGGGUCCCCCAUUCUCUGUGAACAAGUAACUCAGGACGCCCUUCCCUCUUGCUUCCAUGCCAGCUCGAUGCAGCCCCGUGCCCGUGCAACCCCCGUGUUCCUGACUUCUCGCCCCGUCACGGAGGGUGAGGCUUUAUGAUGUGUCGCCUAAUCCUAAUAUAUGUUCUCCUUGAACCCCAGAUCCCUUCAAGCUGUCAGUGAUUUGGGCUGUGUGUGGGGUCAGGGUCCAUGGAGGAAUGGGUGUUCUGUGGCCUCGAGGCCCCUCCUAUUUGCCAAAACACCAGUUUUGUUCUCUGGACGCACAGUGCUGUUGCUAAAGUUACCACGGCCUCAUGCAUAUUGGAAUCCUUGGUGGCUUUUCAGCCAUUCCCUGCAGUGUCAGACAAGAAUCACAACUUCUAACGGCCAUUUUGGUUCCCAGUGGAGCCUGACUUGCAGCCAGCUGCUCAGAGGGGUGCCCUCAUUUCUCCAGUUCCCCCCAUUUGCUUUCCACUUGAGACAAGGCUGUGUCUGUAAUGGUGGGAUGGGGGAGAGCCGGACUCGUUCAUUCUGCUGGUCUCAGGUGUUUUGUGCCAUUUUGUGUUCCCCACUUCCUACCCACUCACAUACACACAGGGCAUGGGCUCCUGGCACCACCCAGGCUUGCCUCCGCCCUGGGCCUCUUGUGCCAGGUAGGUUGGAACACGUUUGCUGCCUGAGCCACUGAGCAGGUUAGGUGGAGCCACUGGCAUGGGGCAUGCUGGGUGUUGACACCAGAGAACAAGAUGGCACAGGCGGACCUGCCCGUCUGCGAUUCCUUUUGGUCCCCAUGUGAGAUCCUGAGUUCAGGGAUCAAUCCCUCACCACACAAGACUUUCACACCCCAGCCUGCUCUCAUCUCACAGCUGCCCAUCCUGUGUGCAGGUGAUACAGGAAGGCCAUGUCCCAGCGCCCCUCCUAGUUCAGGAGCCCAGCCUUAGACUUCAGACAGAGGCUGGCAGUCACGGGGACCUCUGUUCAGGAAGCAAAGCCUCAGGGAGAAAUAGAAUGCUUCCUGCUCCCAGGAACACGGCAGGAGCAAAGCUUCUGUCUCUCAUCGGAAUCCUGGGCUUUCGGGUCACUCAGUUGGCACCCCAGAUUCUGAUCCCCCAGGCUGCAGUGUCAAUAACCCAAUGAAAGCAAAUGCUCAGGCCAGCAUUUACAAACAAACUUAUUUACAAAGACGACUUUUCACCUUAACUUCUAACUAAGAACAAAUAUAAAUGAAUGGCUUCUUUAGGAAGAUACCUGCUUUCAAAAAGCAAGACAGAAAAUGGAAGGUGAUUGGAUUGUGAGGAAUCGUAUGGGCACCGAAUCUGGGCACGAUUUUGCUGGUGACGGAGUGACGGACACACCCCGGGAGGACUCGCUCCUCCUUCACUCCUGUCAUCCUCUCCUGAUCCUGCAAAGGGAGGGCAGCCAUUCAGCAGAGAAGGGACUUGGGGCUCCUGAGUCACGUAUGCAGGGGGCCGUGGGAAGGCAGUGGUCCUCUCAGGUUAGUGAGCACUCGGCUUCCUGCUUCAGUAUUUGACCCGGAUGGGACAGUUUCAGGUCUCAGCAAAGGAGACAAGUGAGACAAUUAUCCCCUUUAAUCCUCUUAAGUGCACAGGUACUGGGGAAACGUGCACUAGCAGCAGUGUAACCAGACUGCACGCCCAGUCCCGCCAGGCGAGGUCAGGCAGGGCUGAUCUGGGCUGUUUACAACACCGCCUUUACAGCCUGGGGUGUGAGAAGCAGUGUUAUGUGAGAUGCGGCUUCGUGGCUCAGGCAGGCCUUUGGUUAUUCCCUUACUUGGCUUGUUCACACUGGAAUCUCGUUCAGGGGUAGCUGUUCCCUGCUCAGUGCCGCCUGAGCCCCAGUAGCUGCCCUGUCCUUCCCGGAUGGGGCCUGGGUGGGUCUUCCGGCCUCACGACUGAGCCAACGUGCAGGCCCAUCACUGAGAAGCCCACGUAGUUCUCUGCGUGCUCUGUGCUACUGUUUCCUCUGUAAGGGACACACAGAACUGUUUCUCCUUUUCAGUCAAUUUAUUGCAGAGUAAAUCUAACUAACUUAUAUUUUCCCUUGAUGAAGGAUAGAAGUUAUUUUUAUGUAGUUUUCAAACUUUAUACAAGAUUUUUGUAAUAUGUUCUCUGCAAAGUUAACUGCAAGGAAGUAAUAUACUUCUAAUAAAAUAACAAGGUGAGAAACUCUAUUUGCC